AUGCAUUAUUACUCCUUUCUUCUUAACUUUCAGGAAGAUAAAUUAAAAGACCUACCUUUGUAUAGGGUAUAUGAAAACUUAGACAGGGGAUUAGCACAUGGAGAGGAUUGGGGCGACUGUAGCCAGUUGGGAUCUUUUAAUAGUGAAGCAACAACGUUAUGCAAAAAGAUGGCAAGGAAUUUACGCGAAUUAGCUGGUACGCAUAAAAUAAACAAUCGCAGAGACAAAUGCUAUUAUUUACAACACUGGUUAUAUUAUAAAACGAGACUACUCACUUCAAAUAUGAGUUCAAGUAAUAAAUACAUGAUAAUCAGUAGACUAAGAGAAAUCGCAAAAAGGAUUAAUGCAAAAGUAUUAGACAAAAUCAGAUGUGAAUGUUAUUUUCUUCAUGAAAAUUAUUGGAAGAUAGACAAAGAUUUACAUGAUUACUUUAAAAAUUUUGAUCACAUAAAAUGCGAUAGUUCUGAUAAAGAAAAGUGUAAAAAGUUUAUUGAUUAUGUUACAUACAUUAACAAGUUAUACAAAGCUGAUAAGGAUUAUUGCUGUUAUGGUGGUUUGGUGGACGAAGAUAGUUGUUUGCCCUAUUUCAAAUGUGAUCCGAGUUACGACCCUAAUGAUCUCUUAAAAAAUUUGAAAAGUGCAAUAGGUGAAUCACACAGGAUUCAAGUGGCUAAAGGAGGACCUGCUGUAGAUGAGCGCGCUUCGUCGAGAAGGUAUCAAAACAGUUAUAUGUCUCGAGGGCGUAAUGAAGAAGAGCAUGUUGCCUACAUAAACACGCAUGACCAUGCACACGAAGGUACAGAUGGUUUUUCCCAUAUGAUCGGAACGAUGGGCAAUAUGUUAAGGUCAAAUAUUGUUUACCGCAGUAUCGCAGCUGUUACGAUAGUGGGAAUACUCAUAUUCUGCUUCUACUACGUUAAGGCAAACCCUUUUGGAUCAAAGUCGAAUAAAAGAAAAAGGGGAAAAGACGAAUUUUUGGAUAGUGAAGAAGAUGCAUACGAAGAGGAAUUUCCACCAAAUGAGUUAGAUCACAGCUUUGGGGAUAGUCAAAUGGGAUCAUUACAUAUGAAUUAUUAUCCUUCACACGACUCUUACUAUUAA